CGUGUCCCUGCGUGGUGGGCACGGCAUCGUGUGGCUCCGCUCUGCACACGGCCCUUCUCGCAUAGGCAUCAUUGGUGCUAGCCGCCCGGAAGGCCCCCCACCACCCCACAACUCUUGGGGCGGGGCCAAGACUUCUGCGACCCUUUGCUCUCCAGCAAGUAGCCGGUCCCCACCUGCACCACGCACAGGGGGACAGCCUACGUCAUCCUGGAAGGCGCUGCUCCCGGCAAAUGCCUGGAGAGCUCAGCAUCACGGGAGAACGGAACCAGCUGCAGAAGGACCACUUUCCCGUCCCACUCCCUUAGUCGAUCUCCGCCCCUGGCACAGGAACCUCCUCUGCAUUCAUCUUGGUUUGGUUUGGUUUUAGUGGGAUUUGCUUUUGUUAGGGGCUAAGGACGAGCACAGGAUCUCACUCAUGCUAGACUAGCUCCUUAUCACGGAGAAAUAAUCACAUCACAUCACACACACACACACACACACACACACACACACACACACACACACCAGCACAGGGUGCUUGUUUCGAACGAUAAAAGUGUGUGACUGAAAGCUAGUGUGGUGGCGCACGCCUGUAAUCCAGCUCUAGGGAGGGAGAGCAGGUGGAUGGCAAGUUCGAGGCCACCGAGACUCUGUCUCAAAACAAGCAAGCAAAAUGUCCAGUGAGAAACCCUCUGGCGUGACUAUGCUAGUACUAAAAAAGGAAGCUAAUCGGGCACGGGUUUACAAGGAGGCGCUGCUGACAGAAUGCGCUCACGGCACACGCAAAGUAGGAUCAGUUCCUCGGGAGUCCCCACGGCGACCACUGCAGACUGCGGGACUAGGGGCGGGGGCGCACACAAUUGUCCCCAUUCUUCUCCGCCCCGCCUAGCGAGUUCUGCCUGCUCUCUGGCCUAAUUCCCUGGUGGAAGUCCAGAGCCGGCUGUGGAGAGGGAAAACCAUCGCCCCACCCCGCCCUGCAAUCCUCUGUCCCGCAGGCGCAGGGCGUUAGAGCCCUCACUCCCGAUGACCCUGGUAGCCAGCGCGGCAGGUGCAGCCCAGAGGCAGCGCGUAGAUGUUGAUCUCCAGAGUGGCACCCGUGACAGCUGUGACAUCAUCCCAGGCUUCCAACCCUGUGUUGGUAAUCUGAUGUGAAGAUGGCCGCCAGGGUGAUCUGGGGGAGCCUCGGCCUGCUUCGAGUCUUGUGGUGUCUCCUUCCCCAGACUGGCUACAUACACCCAGAUGAGUUCUUCCAGUCACCUGAGGUCAUGGCAGAGGACAUCCUGGGUGUGCAGGCUUCACGGCCCUGGGAAUUUUACCCCAGCAGCUCCUGCCGUACUGUGGUCUUCCCACUGCUGACCUCUGGCUCUACCUUCUGGUUGCUCAGGUUCUGGGAAGAGCUGGGGCUCUGGCCCGGUCUGGUGAGUGGCUACGUGCUGCUGGUGGGGCCCCGACUCCUCCUCACUACCCUCUCCUUUGCCCUGGACUGGGCUGUGUACUACCUGGCCCCGCUGUGGGGGGCAGAUCGCUGGAAUGCCAUGUGCCUGCUGUCUGGGUCCUAUGUCACUCUGGUUUUCUACACAAGGACCUUCUCCAACACCAUCGAGGGACUGCUCUUCACAUGGCUGCUGGUGCUGGUGUCCCCUUAUGUGGCAUGGAAUCCCACAUCAGAGAAGCCUACUCCAGGCCCAUGGUGGCAGAGCUGCCUUCUUGGUGCUGUCAUGGCUGCUGGCUUCUUCAACCGGCCAACCUUUCUAGCCUUUGCUCUGGUCCCCCUUUCUCUCUGGGGCAUCCACAGAACCUUGAAACCUAGCAUCACCGCCUUGAUCCAGGAGGCCCUGGUGCUGUUACCAGGGGCUGCUCUUGCUGCAAUGUUGUUUAUAACCAUGGACAGCUGGUACUUCUCCAGCCUCUCCAGAUCCAGCAGCCUUGUUCUUACACCUCUCAACUUCUUGUACUACAACCUGGACCCCCAAAACCUCGCAAGGCAUGGCACACAUGCACGGCUUACUCACUUGGCAGUCAAUGGCUUCCUGCUCUUCGGGGUUUUGCAUGCUCAAGCCCUGCAGGCUGCAUGGCAACAGCUCCACAGCUGCUUCCGUGUGUUUGCGCAAACGGGCUUCUUGGGGAUGCUGGGUGCUAGUGGCCUACUGUCUAGCUCCAAGUCUCAUCUCCUUCUCCUCUACUUCACCCCCCUGGUCCUGCUCUCUGCCUUUAGCCACCAAGAGCCUAGAUUCCUGAUUCCCCUCAUAGUCCCUCUAGUCCUGCUUUGCAGCCCACAGACCCAGCCUAUACCCUGGAAGGGCGCCCUGGUCUUCUUCAAUGCCCUAGGUGCUCUCAUCUUUGGCUGCCUGCAUCAGGGAGGCUUGGUACCCGGCCUGAAGUAUCUGGAGCAUGUAGUCCACGCACCCGUCCUCCCGGGCACGACCACACACUACAUGCUUCUCUUCACUCACACCUACAUGCCUCCUCAGCACCUCCUCCACCUCUCAGGCCUGGCAUCGCCUGUGGAGGUGGUGGACAUGGGCGGGGCUGAGGACUGGCUCCUGUGCCAAGCUCUGAACAACUUCAGCGGACAAGCAGCCUGCCGACUGGCUGGUGGGCCACAGCUCUGCCGGCUCUUUGUAGUAACUCCAGGGACCAACAGGCAUGCUCUGGAGAAGUGCGGACUUCCUCUCAAGAAUGAGACCCUCUUGUUUCCCCACUUGACCCUGGAGGACCCUCCAGCCCUGUCCUCCCUACUCAGCCAGGCUUGGAGGACCCACCUUAGUCUUCACAUCAUAGAGCUGGAGGGUGAGCCUGUCAUGACAAAGCAGCCAUGGCCCAAGAUUCAGCCAUAGGAGGAAGGUGCCACCCCACCUUUUACACAGGCUGCUGAGUUGAGACACUGCUGUGUCUUCUGGGCACAGUGACAGGUUGUCACAACAGUGACAGGUUGUUCCUCUAGGUGAGACACCAAAGAUCUGACCAGUCAUGGUCCCAAAGCCAAGAUCCCCAAAGAAACCUAGCAUACCCACUGGCACGUGUCUGUUUCUACGCCAUUACUUCCGAUUGCUGUAAUGUCUAAAAUACAUAGUCGCACCUGGUGAUCAAAGACAAUGAACUGCUGAUGGUAUCCCUGAGUGGCCUUGCCCAACUUACAAUGCCUGACUUCUUCCUACCAUCAUUUCCAAUCUGACACUGUGAAGUAGGGACAGAGGUGGCUCAUAGUCAGCUCUAGUCCCUAGUCUGUGACUCAUAAACUGACCAUAAUGAAGUCCCUUCCACUCAGCCAACCUACCACCCUGAUGGAUCAGAGGGUCCUGAGGUCAGUGUCAGCCCUGGAGCCCGUAGCUCAUGUCCCAUAGCUUGAUACACGUCUCUACAAGGCUCUUUCACUAGGAAGCCGUCGUUGUAUUAUAUUUCAUAACACUUUGGUGCCUGCAUACGCAGUAUUUAGGUAUAACCAGAACAAGCCAUUCUAGAAAAUACCUCCCUAUCCUCUCCUACUCCUUUCCUUGAGCAGUGGUGGAAUUUUCCCAGUCAUUUUCUCAAAGAUUGGGUAAUGUAGCUCAGGAGUCGAGUGCCUAUUUAGCAUGCUCAAAGCUGUAGGAACUACCCCCCCCCGCACCCUCCCCCACCAAGAAAAAGAAUCACUCUCCCAGAAGGAAGAACCCAGGUGCUCUCCCUCCUCAGCGCUGCUGUGAGGCCCUCUUAGCCUGCCCCAGUGGGAACACAGACUGCUCAGAAUCUGGUACCCAGUCUAAAAGCUUUUCCAACAGCUUCAAGCCUUCUAGACGCUAACAUUAACUGAGUGGCUUAAACAGAAGUCUAGAAAUUGAGUUAGGGAGUCUCAGAAUAAAAAGGGAGGUUACAUGCUUGGGUCUUCAGUUAGCUGGCCCCUCGAAACGAGGAAGAGGAAACCAAACAUCGUGUGCCACGGUAUCCGAGGCCUUAGUGCUCAGAGGUGACAGAGCAGGCAGCCUCUGAGUAGCACAGAUGCUGUGAAGAGUAGGAGGGGUGAUCAAGACUACAGACCCUGGAGUUACAUGCCCGGGCUCACCUCACUCUGCAUGGCUUCUGAGUUGCGCGAAAAAUAGCCUCCAUCCUCACACGAACGGAG